CGGCGGGGGGCGGGAUGUGGCGCCUGGUGCCCCCGAAGCUGGGCCGCCUGUCCCGCUCCCUGAAGCUGGCGGCGCUGGGCAGCCUGUUGGUGCUGAUGCUGCUGCAGUCGCCGUCGCUGCUGGCGUCGUGGCAGCGCAACGAGCUGGCCGACCGGCGCUUCCUGCAGCUCAAUAAGUGCCCGGCCUGCUUCGGCACGAGCUGGUGCCGCCGCUUCCUGAACGGGCAGGUGGCGUUCGAGGCGUGGGGCCGCCUGCGCCUGCUGGACUUCCUCAACGUCAAGAACGUGUACUUCGCGCAGUCCGGGGAGCCGCGCGAGGGCGGCCGGCGCCGCGUGGUGCUCAAGCGCCUGGGCUCGGCGCGCGAGCUGGCGCAGCUGGACCAGAGCAUCUGCAAGCGCGCCACGGGCCGGCCCCGCUGCGACCUGCUGCAGGCCAUGCCCCGCACCGAGUUCGCGCGCCUCAACGGCGACGUGCGGCUGCUCACGCCCGACGCCGUGGAGGGCUGGUCCGACCUGGUGCACUGCCCGUCGCAGCGCCUGCUCGACCGCCUGGUGCGCCGCUACGCCGAGACCAAGGACUCGGGCAGCUUCCUGCUGCGCAACCUCAAGGACUCGGAGCGCAUGCAGCUGCUGCUCACGCUGGCUUUCAACCCCGAGCCGCUGGUGCUACAGAGUUUUCCAUCUGACGAAGGAUGGCCUUUUGCAAAAUAUCUUGGAGCAUGUGGAAGAAUGGUAGCUGUCAACUAUGUUGGAGAAGAACUGUGGAGUUACUUUAAUGCACCUUGGGAGAAAAGAGUUGACCUGGCCUGGCAGUUAAUGGAAAUAGCUGAGCAGCUUACAAACAAUGACUUUGAAUUUGCACUCUACCUCUUGGAUGUCAGCUUUGACAACUUUGCAGUUGGUCCUAGAGAUGGGAAGGUAAUCAUUGUGGAUGCUGAAAAUGUUUUGGUUGCUGACAAAAGAUUAAUUAGACAAACUAAACCUGAAAAUUGGGACGUAUGGUAUGAGAGCAAAUUUGAUGACUGUGAUAAGGAGGCUUGCUUAUCGUUUUCAAAAGAGAUUCUUUGUGCUCGAGCCACUGUGGACCACAAUUACUACGCUGUUUGUCAGAACCUCCUUUCCAGGCAUGCCGUCUGGCGUGGCACUUCUGGAGGACUCCUUCAUGACCCACCGAGUGAAAUUGCCAAAGAUGGUCGGCUGGAGGCCUUGCUGGAUGAGUGUGCCAACCCAAAGAAGCGCUAUGGCCGAUUCCAGGCUGCAAAAGAACUGCGGGAGUAUUUAGCACAAUUAAGUAACAACGUGAGGUAGUCUACAGUGAAUAUUCCUUCUCUCCAUUUUCAUAGCACUGGCCAUCAAAAACUCACAAUUAAGUAACAAUGUGAGGUUAGUUUCCUUUUCUCCAUUUUCAUAGUACUUGCCACGAAAAUAAAUUUUAGAAAAGGAAAUUUGGAAGUCGGACAUUCAGAGAAUGACAAACUUACAUAAAUGGAGCUUAUGUUACCAUCAUCAAAGUCUAAUAUUAAUUACUUCAGGACUCAGGAUGCUUCUGGAGAUAAGUUUGGUCUUAUACUUUGGAGACUUGAUUCAUUGACUGCAUCGCACCCCCGUCCCCAAUGCCUAAAUGGAUUAAUGGAUAUUGUGAAGCUAUUGGAAAUAAGUCUGAUAGUUACAUUGGCCUGUGUAUCAAAGGGUACUUGGUACUUUGUUUGCUUUUCUAUCAUGAUUUUGUGAAUCUCUUGCAUUUAUUUUGAAUGACAAGUUUGAUUGGCCUGUUUUAUAGGCUACUUUUUUCUCCUGAGAUGUAGGGUUUUUCCCCCCUCAUUUUUAUGUUUUCUAUUAAUUUUUACACAUUUGGGUUAGUCUAGCUCAUUUAAAUUUUAACUCAUAGUUAUUCAAUGCUAUGCUGUCCACACUGACUUUGCUGUUACAUUAUGGGGCAGGACUCCUAGGUUUAUUGUUUUUCAGAAAGGAGAAUAUUUUAUUAUGUAAAUACUGUUUUCUUCCUACUCUUUGUGAUUUUAUCAUUGCAUGAGGUCAUUUAGGGUUAUUUACCUUUAUAUCCCUUUAGGCCAAUACUAUUAGGGUACACUGAACAUAAAAUUUGGCAUAUGUCACAAAAUAUUAUUUUAUCCUUUAAAUGCUUUAGGAUUAUGCUAGCAAGCUAAAUAAUGUUAAUUUGGACUGAGAAAAAUAAAUCCAUAAUUCAGUGUUUUUUAAAUGCUUACUAGCCCAAGAUAGCAAUGCAUAUGCCAAAGAAAUAUUAAACCUAGUCCAAUGGUCAAAAUUUAAAAUUACUGACCAUUUUUUUCUUAGGAUACCAUUUCUAGUACUUGAACUCCAUCAUUCUGAAAUUUGGAUCUCCCAUAUUUAAAAAGCUAUGGCUUUUAAAUAUUUGUUGCUUAAGGCCAUUCAAGCUUUUAUUCACUGGGAGCUUUGUAAGAAUUAACAUGGUAUUCCAGUUUUAAUUCAACAGUAUAAUAUUUUUAUCAGUGAACUACAUAUUUGUAUUGCAAAAUAGUUUGGCCAAUCAUCCCAAAUUGUUCUUCAUUACUAAUGGUUAAACAUUAAAUUUAAAUUUGUGAUAAAAAUUUAAAAAAGGGAAUUUGUAGGCUCCUUGCAGUAUGUUGCAACAUAAUUUGACUAUCAAUACAUGAUGGGUAAUUUUUUCCAUUUGAAGUUACUUAUUUUCUUUAUUGCAAAGUUUUGUAUAGUGUGCAGGAUCUAUUCUAAACUGACCUUAUUCUAAAUCAAAAAGUGAUUGAAAUAUGCACAUUCAGAGCCAUGUUUUUCUUUUUAUACAUUCAUCCACUAUUUAUUAUUAGUUUUCACCAGGUACAUUCCUAGCUGCUAUCCUAUGUCUGAACAUUAAAUAUGGGUUAAGUAACUUUGCAGUGCUUUUCAAAUACUUCAGUGUAGAUAUUCUUUUUUUUUUUUUUUGCAUUCAUUAAAUUAGAAUGAUGAUUUCAUGCUAUUUUACUGUUGUGGUGAAAGUUCUUUGUAUACCAUCUACAGUUUAUUUGCUGCAAAAAAGAGCAGGAUAAAUAAUUAAUCCCAGUUUAAAAAUUGGAAGAAGGGAAAGAGUUCUCUUAUGAAAUAGAUUGCAUUAGUGUUCAUUUUCACACAUCAGUAUAUUAACUAUACAUAUAUUGUCAACUAGCCCUUACAAAGAAAAAUAGGUAAGUACUGGAAAUUUUGCUAAGCUGAUGUUUUACAACUUUGAAAACAUUUUGAGAGGACAAAAGAGAAUUACUCAUCAGACAUUUAACCUCAUACUCUCCUGUCAGAUAAAAUACUGAUCUCCAAAGGGGAACACCUUUUAUAUUUGAUACAUAUUCAUUAUAGAUCUUAGCAUGCAGGUCACAGAGGGGUUGUCCUCCUGUGGCUUAGCCAACAUUUCUCUCACUGUUAGGAAGAAUGAUUGUGACUCUAGAACUGAAGGUGAGAACACUGCCAUCAGUGGUUACUACUCAUGGUGGUUUUUGUAACUGCCAUUUCCCCUGUGAGAGUAUGUGGAUUUUCAUUUAUCUUGGAAAGUUUGAUGAGAAGAUAAUAAAGGACCUAAGGAUUUAAAAUUACAGGGAAAACUAUGUAUGUGAAAAGCAAUAAAUAUUUUGUUCAUUUUGCUAUCAAGAUGUUCACUAUCAAAUAUUUAUUAUACAGCAGCAAUUUAUAUUUUUAAUCAUUGCCCAUUAAUAGACACAGUAAAAUAUUUUUGAAUCAGACAUUUGGGGUUUGUAUGUGCAUUAAAAUUGUCUUUUGUACUGUAAGUUACUGUUUAAUUUGAAUAUUUUACCAGAACUGUCUCCCUGUGCCUUUAUUAAUAUAAAGUUGUUUCUGCAACUUUUAAUGAUCUUAAUAAAGAGUACUUUAAGAAUCACA